CUUCACCUUCACCAAGUCCUGAUCAGACACAAAACCAGCUCUCUGAAAAGAAGCGAAGAAUUCCAACCACAUCGUUGCCAACCUGGUACAAGCUGUUUUCCUUUGCUGCUCACCCCUGAGGGAUCUGCUCCACUCUGCUCUGCUCUCCUCUGCCUCCUCCUCCCCACUGGAGCUCCAACUGUUGUCUACUCUUUCAAGCACGUGGAAAGGUCUCCUGGGCAUGAUGUUCUUCUAGCACCAUGCCACAUUGGGAUGUCCCUGAGGCUAUGUCCAGACCCCUCUUCCCUGUGUGCUCUAGAAGGACAUACAUUUGGCUGUGGCCAUGUGAGGUGUUUGAUAGAAUGGCAUUGCUGUCCCUUCCAUGUUAGUUUGUGUACGAGCAUUCAAGGCUGGGCAUACCAGGGACCUUUGAUCUUGUUCUUCCUUAGGAAGCUGGGGAGGGUUCACCUCAGUUCAGUCCAUGAUCUGAUCCAACAGAAGUGGGGUGUAGGAAACAAAGGUUCUUUUCUUUGGUCCUUCUAAAAGCAAAUUUGGGGCCACCAAGAUGACUCAGUGAGUGGGGGUGCUUUACUCAGCACACAAUACCCACUCUUUAUCAGUGAGCCAUCUCUCCAGCCCCUGAUUAUUGAACAUUUAAAAAAGAUUAUGUCAUAGGUUUCUAAUAUCCAAUUAGCCAAAUCUGGGUUCAGAAUGGGAAGAAAAUGCAUAGCCACACACCCCUAGUUUCAUUUCUAUGGCUGUGAUAAAAUACCGUGACAAGAAGCAGCUGAAGGGGAAGGUUUAUUUGGUUUAUAGUUCCAGGUCACAGACCAUUAGUAUAGGGGAGUCAAGGCAGGGAGUUGAAACAUCCCAUCCACCAUCAAGGCAGAGAAAGGAAUGUACCUACAUUGCCUGCUUGCUUAGCACUUAGCUAGAUUUCUCUCUACUCUUACACUGUCCCCAAGCCAAGACUAUGAAAUGGUGCAUGCACAUGCAGAGUGCAUCUUCCCAUCCUAAUGAGCUCAAUUAUGAUGCCUGCCCCCUUCCCACCCCUCACAGACCAACCUGAUCUAGACAGAUCCUCAUUGAGACUCUGUUCCUGGGUGAUUCUUGUCAAGUUAAUAACUAAAACAAAUGAGCACACUGAGGGUUGGAGAGAGAGGGUCAGCAGUUAAGACUGCUGGCUUCUCUUGCAGAGGAUCUGAAUUUGGUUCCCUGUACCUAUAUUAGGCAACUCACAAUGGCCUAUGACUCCAAUUCCAGGGGUCUUAGAUCCUCUUCUGACCUUCACAAGCACCUGUACAAUGAGACAUAAACCACAUAGACAUACCAUAUACAUUAAUACACACACACACACACAUACACAUACACACAUAUAUGCGCGCACACACACACACAAAAGCAUACAUACACACAAAUGGUAUGGACCUAGUGCAAAGUGAGGAGGUACCAGGGCUAUCUCCGAAGUCUGCAACGGUGUAGAAUUCUGAAUACAGCCCAAACUCCCACCUCUUUGCAUCUACUCUCCUGGGCCAAGGGAAAGACGAGGCCUCGUAUGAGCGGUAGUGGGACUUUGGUGUUAUAGGAGCCAGUGAUCUUCAAAGAUGUAGCUGUGUACUUCAGCCAGAAAGAGUGGCAGCUACUGGAGCCCGCUCAGAAGGACCUGUACAAGGAUGUGAUGCUGGAGAACUACGAGAACCUGAUCUCUGUGGAAUAUUAUAUUUUCAAGCCAAAGUUGAUCACCAGGUUGGAGCAAGGAGUUGACCUUUUUGCCAAAGAGAAUGACAUUCCUGGAGACCCCCAGCAAGGUGAGGGAGGAGUCAGCAGAAGUGACACCUCUGCAGGAAAAAAGACAGAGAAUAAUCCCACAAAGACAGAACUCCAGAAGCCAGACAAUUCUAAGACAACAUCACUGGAGAAGCAGAAGAAGGCAGAUAAAGGGAGUGGUUCCCAGAAUUUGAGAGCAGAAAAGACCUCAAAAAGUGGUGACAGGCCAUCUCAAAAUAAGGAGAAGUGUGCCUCAACUUCGACUACAGAAGCAGGCAAAACCACCACUCCCGGCGAUAAGGAGCAUGAAUCUGCAACCCCGGGCACAUCAUCGGGUCAAACAUCAGCAACUACAACACCACAGAGAGCUCCUUCAGAAAAGUCGACCUCGGAGAAAGAUGUUCAAGGAAAAACCCAGAACACGAGCAGUUCCACAAAUCCAAAGCGCAAGCCUGCCCGACAAGGUAAAAACCACUUUAAAUGCAAGGAAUGCGGGAAAACCUUCAACCAGACCCUCCACCUUGUGGAGCAUGAGCGAAUUCACACGGGAGAGAAACCCCACAAGUGUGACACGUGCGGCAAAUCUUUCCGGCACCUCUCGUACUUCCUCACACACUACCGAAUUCACACGGGAGUGAGACCCUACAAGUGUAAGGAGUGUGGCAAAGCCUUCAACAGCAGCUCCACUCUCAACAAUCACUGCAGGAUCCACUCAGGGGAGAAACCCUUCAAAUGUGACGAGUGCGGGAGAACCUUCAAGCAGAGCACGAAGCUCACCCGUCACCAACGGAUUCACACCGGGGAGAAACCCUACAAGUGCGGCGAGUGUAACAAGUGCUUCGGCCGCAGCUCAUCCCUGAGGGAGCACAAGAGGAUCCAUACCGGAGAGAAGCCGUACUGCUGUCAGGUGUGUGGGAAGAAAUUCAGGGUCAACUCACAUCUUUCAGAGCAUCAGCGGCUCCAUUUAAAGGUGAAACCCUACAAGUGUGACAAGUGCGGGAAGCACUUCCGAAACAGCUCGUACUUGACAGAGCACAAGCAGAUCCAUGUGCCCGGGGCCCGAGUGGACUGCCCAGAAUGUGGGAAAGUCUUCGCUUGCAAAGUAGCCCUUCUCAAGCACCAGAAGAGACAUGAGGCGAACUCCAGGUAUCGGUGCAAAGGAUGUGGAAAGACUUUUAGGUGUAAGUCAAGCAUCCAAAGGCACGAGAGGCUGCACGCUGGGGAGAAACCUUUCGUGUGCAACAAGUGUGACAAAGGUUUCACUGACAAAACUACAUUGAAUAAUCACUUGAAAAUUCACUCUGGAGAUAGGCCAGAUCCAUGCGCCCAGUGUGGAAGAACCUUUAAAAAACUGGCUACCCUGCUGAUUCACCAGAAAAAGCAUACUAAAAAGAAAGCCACAGAUGUAUAAAAGAACUUUAGCCAGACCUCAUAUUUGGGUCUUUGGGACUAAGUCAAAACGAGAAACAAUAUACAUGAACAGUUCCUUCAUUUCUUAGUAGUUGUUUUUCAGAAAGCAGUAGUUUUCUAGAAAUGACUUUUUUUAACCCUUCCCCUACUUGGAGCAUUUGUGCAAUAUAAACAAACAUUUGUUGUUGUUGUUACUAUUCCAACAGACAGGUACUACUAUCAACUGCAUCUGUGGACAGAGGCAAAGGGUGAUGUCAAGCAUCCUACAAUGUACUAAACAGACUCCUUUGCCUUCAAAUAACUAAGGAAUAUCUGGCUGGCAGGAAAAUUUGCUGGCAUGCAAAUUUGAGGAAUUCAGGUAGAGUUUUCUCUGCCAGCCACUACAGUAACCACUAACGAGAUAUGGCCAUUUAAAUAUCAAUGUGAGGUAAACAUUUAAAUGCAAACACUUGGAUGAAUCAUUGACCUUCCCAAUCUUCAAUGACCAGUGAGCCUCGCUAUGGGGCAUCAUCAACAGCUAACAUUUUCAACACCAUGGAAGAUUCUGUUCAGAACUGAUCUUAAUGAGCAGUAAUUCUUUCAUGGGAUGACCCCAAGGAAAACAGGACACAGCUUUGUGACACUGAAUCUGUGCUUUUUUGUUUUUUGUUUUUGUUUUUGUUUUUGUUUUAACAGCAGAAUGUAGCAUUUUGUAAGGUUUGUGAAUGUGUUGGAGCCUGUGAAGUUUGGAGCACUUUCAGAACUCUGAUUGGCCAGUGCCCCACCCGCAGGACUCCUACCCCUAUAUGUUCGGUGGGUUACGAAUAAUGUCACUGAUAACUGUGAGCACUUGUUGAUCGCUAUCUACCUAUCAAGUAUGGUGCUGAACUCUUUAUGUGAAUUAGCCUAGCUAAUUUUCACCACAGUCCUAUGAGAUAAGAACUGUUAUGUACCUAAUUUUCUUUUGAGAAAACCAAAGCUUUUCUUUAAGAGUGUUUUCCUCUUCCUCCUCCUCUUCCUCCUCCUCCUCCUUCUUUCUCUUCUUUUUUGAUUAUUCCUAUUCUUAUUCUUCCCAAAGGACUCCUACCUCCAUUGUGCUUUGGGCAGAAUGAUCAGUAGGUUACUAACAGUAUCACUGAUGCAUUUGAGUGUUUAUGGAUGUCUUUCUACCUAUCAGAUAUGGUGGGGAAAUCUUUACAUGAACUAUAUCAGUUAAUUAAUCCUACCAGCCAUAUGAAAUAAGAAGUAUUGUGUACCUAACUUUCAUUUUAUUUCCUUUUAUUUUAUUUUUUUGAGGCAGAGUUUCACUGUGUAGCCCAGACUAGCCUCAAACUUGUGACAUUCUUCCUGCCCCAGCUUUCUCAGAGCUGGGAUGACAGGUGCGAGCCACCAUGCCCGGCUGGGAUGACAGGUGCGAGCCACCAUGCCCGGCUGGGAUGACAGGUGCGAGCCACCAUGCCCGGCUGAGCUGCUUAGCAAGGAUGGGGUAUUUACUAUUUUGCACUUAAAGAAGACUACAUUGCUAUUUUUUAUAUUGCACUCUUUCAAAUAGAUAAGAUUUAUUAUAUGUUAGCAUAAAAUAUAUCUUUAAAAUGUGUGUGUGCUUGUGUGUUUAUGUGGUGUGUGUGUGUGUGUGUGUGUGUGUGUGUAUGUGUGUAUGUAUGUUUGUAUUUUUGUUUAAACAGCUCCUUACAACAGAAAGCAGGAGCUGGGACAGAGGUCAGUAAAUCAUGGAGUGUACAGAAUUAGAUGGAUCUAGCCACAGCUACUUGGAAGGUUUUGGUGCAGACCACACAGACUCAUUUAUGAAUUUUCUGUCCAGUGGUUGUUUGGAGGCAUACAAAGUCACCAUUGAGUUAUUGGAACAGAGGUCACACAUCUCAUGAAGUUGAAAAUAUUUUUUUCUGUGAUCCUUGAUGGAAAAACGUUGAUUGGCAAAUUCUGAAUGCCAAAUGAGCUGGAAUGGAUUGAGACUCCCACCUCCAUGGUGCCUAGGGCAGAAUGCUUAAUGGGUUACUAAUGACAUCGCUCAUAACUGUGAGCAUCUACUUAUCAAGUGUGGUGCUGAACUCUAUAUGGAUCAGCAGAGCUAAUUCUCAUUGGAGUCCUAUGAGAUAAGAUCUGUUAUGUACUGAAUUUUCUGUUGAGAAAACCAAGGCUUUUCUUUCCGAGUAGCUAUCUCCCUUCUCCUAUCCUUUAUCUUAUUUUUUAUUAUUCCUUUUAACUUACAGGACUCCUACCUCCAUUGUGCCUUGGGCAGAAUGACCAGUAGGUUACUAACAGUAUCACUGAUGCAUUUGAGUGUUUAUGGAUGUCUUUCUACCUAUCAGAUAUGGUGCUGGAAUCUUUACAUGAACUAUAUCAGUCAUAUGAAAUAGGAAGUAUUAUGUACCUAUUUUUUUUUGAGGCAGAGUCUCACUAUGUAGCCUAGACUAGCCUCAAAGUUGUGACAUUCUUCCUGCCCCAGCUUUUCCAAAGUUGGGAUGACAGGUGCGAGCCACCAUGCCCAGCUGAGCUGCUUUGUAAGGAUGGGUUAUUUACAAUUUUGCACUUAAAACAAGAACUGCAUUGCUGUUUUUAUAUUGCACUCUUUCAAAUAGAUAAGAUUUUAUUAUAUAUAUGCAUUAAGAUUGCCAUAAAUGUAUGUAUGUAAAUACAUGCAUACAUACAUAUAUACAUAUAUAUGAUCUUAUAUUUCUGUUGUCUCCUGACAACAGAAAGCAAGAGCUGAGACAGAGCUCAGUGAAUCAUGGACUAUACAGACCUAGGUGAAUCCAGCCACAGCCUGCUGGUACACACCGCAUAGACCUGUUUAUGGGUUGUCUAUCCAGUGGUUGCUUUGGGGCUUACAAAGACAGUAUCAAGGUAUUGGAACAGAGAGCCCGCAUCUCAUGCAGCUGAGAAAACUGUGUGGCCCAUGGAAAGCUGGCUAGCCACCUCUUAAUGGCUGAAGAGAUGGAAUAAAUUAAGGAGGAAGUGUUUCAGAAAAAAAAGCAAAGGAAGGCUGACUCUAAGGUGGCCUUGCCAGAAAUCUUGCACCGUCUCUCUCCAUGUUGAUGAUCUAUGGUACAGCAAUCCAAUAUGGACCACCUGAGUGUGUUUGUGUGCAUGACCAUGUCUCUGCAUAUUAGAAGACAAGUUUUGGAGCUGUGGAGAUGGUUCAGUUGUUAAAGCCCUUGCCAGGAAAGUGUGAAGACCCAAGUUCAAGUCUCCAGAAUCCAUGUACAGGUGGGUAUAAUUCCAGGCUCUGAAGAAAGAGAUGGAGUCUCCAGAGGAAGCUAGCUCAGGAUACUAGCUGUAUCAGAAAGUUCUGGAUUUGAUUGAGAGGCCCUGCUUCAAUGAACAAGGUGGAAGAGUAACAGAGGAUGAUUCCUGACAUCAAUGUUGGACCUCCACUUGCACUCUCCUAUGUAUAUGUGUAGUGUAUAUACGUAUGUAGGCAUACACAUGCACACAUAUACACAUGUGCAUGAAAAUGGGAAAAGUCCAAAUUAAAUAAAAUGGACAAGUUCCACGAACAGCACUUACCUGUGUGAAAUGUAAGUUCUAACCUGCUCUCACUUAAAAGUGCCAGUGACUAUACUCUGAACUGAUUUUGUUCAGAUCGCAGAACCUCAUCACCCACAGUUCACAAAGCUCUGGCAGGUAACAGGGCGGCAGGUGACAAGAUCAGAAUCAUCUACUGCCUUCUUUACCAGACCCUCAGCCAUGCUUGAAGGACUUUUCAGAAGAUAGAUAUAUGGUGGCUUGCCCCACGAUACUAGCCAAGCCUGUGACCAUCUGUGCGUUCCAGAUGCAGCCAAUGGUGUUGGGAGUAGGGGUAGAGUGAUGAUCCUAGGCUCUAUGGCUUGUCUUUAUAUCUUAUUUAGGACAUUUUUUUCUACCCUUUGCUCUGUGAAGAUUAGAGGGCACAGAGAUAUCGUAAGAUGAGUAGAGAAGCCACAGAUGAAGAAAUCCCAGGACUCUGGUUGGAGCUACCUCUGGUGAUGUGGCUACCUAACUCUUGAAAGGAUCACAGGAGUGGGACCAAGAAGUGUUAUAUGGGAAGAUAGUUCCAUGUGGCCUGUGAUUUUUACAGUGGUUGUUUUAUGACUGUGAAAUACUUAUAUGUGAAUGGAACUGACUGUGUAGGGUAGCUUCUUCCC